CACCCUCAGCGCCCUCACAGCCGCUUCGCAUCACCUCUUAUCCUUUGAAUAACCGCGUGCUUUCCUUCCCUUCUGCCUGCUGUGGAACGGCUUGUGACAACCACAUCAAAGAAGUUCUCCCGCACACUCGUCCACAAAGGCCUUCCCAACCCAGCGUUCUAGCGUUUCUCUUCUUCCUUGGAUUAGCAACAACACGCGCCCACGUGCACCAUAAGCACACGCAUUCGCGCACGCUGUGUGUCCGAGCACGCAGCCCCGAUUGCGCGCAGUGGAACCAGGCUACGAAUGCUUGCAAGCACUGCAGCGCGGCUGCUCGUGGCAGCGGCAGCGCUGGCAUGUGCGUUGUUGCCACCCAAUAGUGGGGCACGUGGUCAGGCUGUGCUGCUUGAUCCACCACGGCAAGACACAGCCGUCUCCUUCAACGAGGCCGACGGCUCUGUGUUCUUCUGCCAGCGUGCCUCCCUGACUGCAGCAUCAAUAUCACACAUGACCAUCACAGUCGACCCCAUCACCAGCACCCUCGAGGGCCUCACCGCGGCCUCGGACACGCUGUCCAUCUCGUAUUCGUCCGAUGACGGCGUGUUGACCAUCGACGGGCCCGGCUCCGUCGCAGAAUUCCAGUCUGCGUUGCAGAGCGCCCAGUUCUUCUCCUUCGAGAGCCCGCCAAACCGUGCUGAGCGCACGGUCUUGGUGAGUGCGUUUGAGGAUGACGCAUCGGUGCUUGGCAGCGCUGUUGCUUCGGUGUUCUUUGGUGCCGUCGUCAUUCCGCCACGGCUGGAUCUCAACACGUCAGACAACGCCCAGCCAACGCAGAUUGGCAGCACGGAUCCCCUGGACGCACAGGUCCUCUUCACAGAGGGCUCAGCUGCCAUGACGCUGUUUCCAGACGCUCUCGUCCUUGAUGAAGCAGAUAACGUCACCACAAUUAUGCUCACGUCAUCCAUCAGCUUUCCUGACGGCGAUGCUGAAGUGUUCAUGGCGCUCCCGGGUGUUUCUCUCGAAACCACAGACGCCAGCGUCACCAUCACGUUGCCUGCUGCGACAACAUCUGAGGAAGCAAGUGUGGUGCUGCAGACGCUGAAAUACAGGAACACCGCAGAUGAGCCAACGGCUGGCCAGCGCACCUUUUCUGCAGUUGUCACAAACGGGGCGGGGCUUACCUCCGAGGCGGCAACGCUGAAGCUGACGGUGCGCACCAUCAACGACCAUCGCCCCUCCCUCCUUCUCGAUGCCUUCACGGUUGAGGAAGAAAAAGCCGGCGCCGUAGGCCGCCUGAUUGUUGUGGAUGGCGAUCGAAACCAGCCCUCGUCAGGUACGCCCACCAUCACCAUCAUCAACAGCACGCUGGAGGACGGCGCCGUGACCAUUUCGCAGACCCACACGCUCCUGCUCACACGCCCAGUGGACCGUGACACCGAAGCGGACGAGGUUGUGCUGACAGUACGCCUUUCCGAUUCGCAGCUGCCGCCACUGACCUCCGUGCAGCUCGUCACCAUCACGCUGACAGACGUCAACGACAACGCCCCGGUGUUUGACGCAGCCACGGUGCCGUCCACGCUGAUCGUGCCGGAGACCACAACCGCGGGUGUGUCCCUCGCGCUCCUUGAGGCCACAGACCUGGACAGCGGUGACAACGGGCGUGUGCGCCACCGCAUUGCGUCCUCAAUGCCGUCACAGGCGCCCUUUGUCAUUGACGCCGCCUCGGGCGAGCUGUUCCUGUCGCAGGCCGUGGACUACGAUGUCGAGGACAGCUAUCAGCUGGUGGUUGAGGCUAGCGACCAGGGCGACGUGUGUCAGGUGGAGCAACCCGCAACGGAUGGCCCAUGCGUGACCACCCACGUCCUGGACAUCACCAUUGCCAACCAAAACACCAUCGCCCCCACCAUCAGCAACGUGCCCGCGUCGGUGACCACGACGGAGAAUGACCCCCCGCUGGCCCCGCUGGCCUCCCUCGCCCUUGAUGAAGGCGAUGGGUUUGACACGUGGGCGCAGGCAAGCGUAUCCUUCACGCGUCAAGCCGCCUUGUCUCGCCUGCUCACCUGCCCCAACCAGGCCUCCUUUGCGCCCCGCGCCGGGGUCUGGGACACAUGCGGCUUUAGCACCACUGCUCCGACGCCGCUGUUUGCUGACGCCGUCGCACGCGGGGACGCAACGCUGGUCAACCAGCAGAUUGCGCUGCUGCCAUCGACGGGCCAGGGCCACGUGGCCGUCCCUGACACCACCUACCAGGCCGUGCUCCCCGUGCUCCGCUCCGGCUUCCACAUCACAGCGUGGAUCAAACAGGCCGCGGGCAACAGUGGAUACCUCCUCGCCGUCACGUCCCCAGACACCUCAAAGCAGUACCUGGGCGUGUUCUCGCAGCCAGCCAGCGGCAUCAUUAGCGUGCUGUAUGAGCGCGACACCGCGCCUGCAGGCGUGUCUUCCCUCACCACCCUGCGCUUCGCCGUGCCUGCACAGGUCUCCCUCGCGGACGGCACGUGGCACCUCCUGUCUGUGGCUCUCCGCGGCGUGUCGGCUCGCCUCGUCAUCGACUGCACGCCCGUGCCCCUGCAGAGCAUCGAGUACUUCACCGCCGCUUCCGGUGGUGGUAUGCAGGCCGUGACUAACACGGCGCCCACCACGCUGCCUGGCCGCCCCGUGUUUGGCGACGACGCCAUGUUCCUGGUUGGCGUCCGCCCUGUUGGCGCCACGGGGACCCGGUUCCCAUUUGCCGGCGACGUGGCUGCGCUGUCUGUCCUGCCCGAGGACAACUCUCUGGCAGACGCGCACUUGCGCUGGUGCUGCGCUCUGGGCUGCGGCACCUACGCCACCGUCGACCUCACACGCACGACUGGCGGCGCACCCGCACAUACAGACGUGUUCUCCCAGGCGACAGUGAACGCACAAGGCCUGGACCUGGCAUCGCUGCGCUUGAACGGGCCACACAGCAUCACCGCCCAGCCCAGCGAAGGCGCCGUCCUGAGCACGGCUGCGUUGCAGCUGCUGCUGCGACUGACAGUGGUUGGCUACGCCCUGGACGAGCCAGCCAUCCUUACUCAACAGCAACAACAACAACAGCAACAGCAACAGCAGCUCUCCUUGGUGGUGGAUGACGGUGGCCUGGAGGCACGCGCAGACAUCAGCAUCAGCAUUUCAGCCGUCAACGAUCACGCGCCAGUUCUCGACCUUGGCGGCACCGACGGCAACUACGCUGCCGCGUUUGUUGAAGAGGGCGAUCCAACACCGCUCUCUGCACCGCAGCUGCUCGUCAUCACAGAUGCCGACGUACCCUCAAGUGGCCAGCCUGCCAACAUGAUCGCGACGGCCGUCAUCACGCUGGAGAACGCGCCUGAUGGUGCUGGUGUUGAGGUGCUGGGCUGGGACCAGCAGCUGGCCACCACGCUCGGUGCCACUGUCAGCGUGCGCACAACGCCCAGCCCUCGCCUGACCAUGACAGGCCCACUGUCGCUGGCGGAUUUCGCCUCGCUCCUGUCCACCAUCACGUACACCAACACUGCGAACGAGCCGCAGGGCACCACGCGCGUCGUCACCUGGCGCGUGUCCGACGGCGUGCACGACAGCGAGGAGCGCACAACCAUGGUCUCCAUCGCUUCCAAGAACGAUGCGCCACAAGUGUUUGCUGGCGGCAGCACCAACUCCGACAACACCGUCACCAUUGUGGAGGGCGAGGCAGCCGUGCAGCUGUGUCCGGACGCCGUCCUGCUCGACAGCGACGACACGCAGCUGCGGUCUGUGACGCUGCAGCUCCUCAACACGCCAGACAACGACGCAUUCAACGCAACAGUCGAAACCCUCUCCGUCGACACUGCUCUCGCCACCCUGCUCAACCUUACGGUUUCCACCACCGUCACCUCCCCUACCGAUAACGACAACAACGAGAAUGGGUUGGCUGCACGCGUGCAGCUUGUAGUAUCCGUGCAGCAGCAGCAGCAGCAGCAGCAGCAGCACACACAGUCGAUUGGCGCGUUUGUGGCAGUGCUGCGAACUGCUCGAUACACGACAACACUGUCAACCCCAAGCAACCCUUCCACUGAACCGAGGGAGUUGAACGUGAUUGCCGUGGAUGCUCAGGGCCUGGCAAGCGAGCCUGCGCACAUCACCCUCUUCUUCACCGCCAUCAACAACGCACCCUGGGUCGAUGUCAAUGGGCCCGAUGCACCGGGCACGGACGCCACCGCGGUGUUCCACGAAGGCGACCUGCCGCUUAUGGUCUGCUCGUCGGCAACCAUCAUGGACGUGGACUCGCCCAUGCUCUUCCGCGUUGUGGUGGAGCUUGUGGACGGCGUGAUGGACGGUGCCUUUGAGGGCCUCACCAUCCCUUCCUCUGCCUUACCCAGCGGUGUCACCAUCACCCGACGCAACAGCGAUGCGGUUCUCGUGCUUGAAGGGCAGGCAACCCCUUUGGCCUACGCCCAAGCCGUGCAACAGCUCUCCUACUUCAACUUUGCAGAUGAGCCUGUGCCCGGUGUGCGCACCAUUGUGGUGUCGGUGACGGACGGCGGCGACAGCAGCGCAGAUUUCGAUGCUGAAACAGGCAUGGCCAGCGUCACUGUUACGGUCGUGUCUGAGAACGACCUUGCGCCCUUCUUCCUCACACCAGUCAACGCCACCACGAGCGUCAGCGAGAACACAGCAGCAGGGGCAGUUGUCGCGCGGAUCGCCGUUGCGGACGAGGACUUGGGCAUCCCAGCCAACCUCACGCUGAACGUUGUGGGCGUCUCGUACGCGCCAGCACCAUCGUCGUCGCCAUCGCCUGUGCCAGCUUUGGACAUAUCAUCGUGGUUUGCGCUGCAAGUGACUGCCUCGCUUUCGCCGGAAUGCCCGCAAGCAGAGGACGUUGUGUCCCCGGACUGUGCGGGCUCUUCGUGUGUCGGCGAUGAUGAUUGCGUUGGCUUCCAGGUCUGCUGUCCAGUGGCGUGUGGCUCCGUGUGCGUGGACCCAACACCGUACACGCUGCACGCGGACGUGGUGGUCACCGGGCUGGACACCAUUGACUUUGAGCGUGUGCACCAGGUGGCCCUGGACCUCGAGGCAGCGGACGCUGAAUUCACCCACACCGUAUUGGGCUCCGUUACCAUUGGCAUCCUGGACACCAACGACAACAGCCCGUCGUUUGCGGACGAUGAAUACGUCGUCACGGUGCCGGAAGACUUGCUGCUAGACUCCGUGCUGGUGGUCGUUGAAGCCACAGACGCGGAUGCAGCGCCGUUCAACGUGCCGCUCUUCUCCGUCGCCCAGGACGUGCUCAACGCCUCCUUCUGCCGCGUGAACGCCACCACGGGCGAAGUGCACCUGGCCCAGCACCUCAACCGCGAAACAGAAGCAGAGGUGCAGUGCAUUGUACAGGUGGCAGACGCCGGCCGCCCGGGCGUCGUGUCGGACACCGCACGCGUGCGCGUGCUGUUACGCGACGUGAACGAGGCGCCACCCGCCUUCCCUUUUGAAUCGCAGAUGCUGCCCGUGUCUGAGGAUGUGCAGGUCGGGUAUGAAAUCAUCUCCUUCAUGCUAACAGACGCCGACCAGGCGCCACCCAACAACGCCAUCACUGUGGAGCUCCUGCCCGAAAGCCCCUCAGAACCCGGCACGGGUCCCGGGCCGCUGCCCUUCGAAGUGCAGGUCGUUGACCAGUACAGCGUUGUCGGGGCAGCGGGCGAGCUGAGUGUGCGUGUUGUCACCAACGCUACCCUGGACCGUGAGAGGCGCCAAGCGUACGCCUUGCGGCUCCGAGCAAUGGACGGCGACGCUACCAUGCCGGAGAGCGAGCGCAUGCUGGCUUACGCUGUGGUGAUUGUGCUCGUAUCGGACGUCAACGACAAUGCGCCCCUGUUCAGCGCAGUGCAGGGCCAGCAGCUGCGAUGGAGUGAGGACACGCCCGUCGGCACAGUUUUGCUGGAACUUGAUGUCACUGACGCGGACAUCUUGGACAACGCGCGCAUCACCACCAGCAUUCGCGCCCAGAGCCCAGCGAACACGCUUCGCGUGGAGAUGGACACACUCGAAGUUGGCCAGCAGCGGGUGGCAGUUGUGCUUGCGGCGCCGCUCGACCGCGAGACAGCGCCCACCAUCGCCCUUCGCCUGCUGGCCACAGACGCGGGAACGCCCGUUGCCAUGUUCUCCACGCUGGAGCUCAACCUCACCGUGACAGAUGUCAACGACAAUGCGCCCGUCUUGACCGUGUCGCCGUUCGGCCGCAGCGAGCCGGAGUCGUCCUCCUCAUCACCGCACUACCCGCUGGUUGCCUCCACCGUCACCGAUGCCGACGCAAGCUUGGGCAUUACCGGGGCCGCUGUGCGCGCGUACACUGAGCGCGACCCGGCGCUGGAGUCAUGCACGGCGCAGUCGGCGUCCACUGUCUGCCUGUCAGCUGCCCUGGACGUCACCGGGGCCAUGGUGCCUGCAGGCACGCUCGCCACAGACCCCGCGUACGACAGCGCGGACGGCGCGGAGGUGUGGCUGUUCAACGGCAACAACGCCUAUGGCGUCGUGCAGACGCAGACGGUGCAGGCUUUCGGCUCCGUUGCUGGCGGCAGCUUCUCGUCCUCGUGCUGGUUGCGCGUGGCACAGGACAGCGACGGCGGAUACGUGUACGCCAAGACGAAUGCAGCCGGAGACGAGCGCUUCUAUGCGCUCUAUCUCUCCAGCCAAGCCGAGGAGCUGUGGUUCUCCUACCAGCGAGAGCGCGGCACGGGCGUGCCGGCGGCAAACGCCCGCGUCACCGCCAAGUUCUCCUCGCCGGCGCUGAUGGACAACGCGUGGCAUCAUGUCGCUGUGAGCGUGAACCACAUCUCCAGCACGGUUGUUGCCUACGUUGACGGCGCUGCGCUGGGGGACCCCGUGAUUGAGGAGCGCAAUGAUGCCGGCACGCGCCUCGACCCGCACGGCAACCCGCUCACGUCCGCGCUGACCGACGGCGAAGGGCUGCUGCUGGUUGGUGCGCGCAGCUCCCCCUCUGGCGCCUCUCUCCUGUUUGAAGGCCAGCUGUCGUCACUGCUGUUUACGCGCCGUGCAAUCAAUCGCGCCCAGCUUGGGUGCCUUGUGCAGUGCUCCCAGCCCCUGUUGGACGCCACAACCGGCUCCAGCUCAUCAUCAUCAUCGUCGUCGUCGUUGUUGCAGCAAGAGCGGCCCAUGGUUGCAGGCAGGUGCACGGACGCCAGUGCCGCCGCGCGGGUUGUGGACGCCUGUGGACUGGGUGCUGCCGAGCUGCCUCUGCAAGAGCUGCGAGCACUGCAGCCACGCAACUUUGACACGCGCGAGGACACGCUGUUCAUGACGCCGACCGGGUACACGCCCAUGCCCGUUGGCAGCCUGAGCCCCUCACGCAUCUCACCAGAGUCAGGGGUGCUGCUCGUGUGCACGUGGAUGCAGUUUCUGCUUUCGCGCAACGACAGGUCCGGCUAUCUGUUUGCCAAGACGAGCAUUGAUGGCAGCACGCGCUUCUACACGCUGUACGUGCGGGAGGCAAGCCAGGAGCUGUGGUUCUACUACAAGCAAGCCGGUGCAAGCGGGGUUGCGUCGCGCGUGCUGGUCAGGUUUUCCGUGCCCGCGCUGUUUGAGGACGACCUGCCGACCUGGCACCACGUGUGCAUUCGCGCCAACAACCUCACGCUGCACGCCAUUCUGGACGGCCAGCAGGUGGCGCCAAGUGCAAUCACGUCCCGCAACCGCGAGACCGGCGAGAACGAAGGGCCAUACACGUUGCCGCUCCGGUACCGCUUGGAUGACGGCGCGGGCGUGUUUGUGCUUGGUGCUCGCAACGAAUCCGCAAGCAGCGCAUCAGGUUCGCUCGCGGCACGCGUGGCUGACACGCUCGUUGCGUUUUCCAACGUUGCCGGCACGGACGCGUGGCGCUGCGUUGCCAGGUGCGGUGCGCUGUUGUCUGUGACGGUGCCGUCGAGCGUGAACAGCGGCAGGACGGUUCCCCUUGCCACCACGACCAGCAGCGGCGGCGAUGAGUUGCACAUUGUUGUGGAUGCAGGGUCAAAUCCGCUCUCCGCCAGCGACGCUGUGGCGGUUCUUGAGAGCGUGCAGCUGAAUGUGCAGCUGCUGCAGCCGCUUCUCCUCAGCCCGGCCGCAACGGCCAUCGGGGGCGGGGGCAGUGCACAGCAACCCUGCUUCACGGCCAGUGCCAGCGUCUCCGAUCAGGACUUUGAGAGCGCGCUCGCAUUCUCGGAGACGUGCUUGACCGCCGAGAACGAGCACGCCGUGGUCGUGGAUCUGGAUGUCACGGAUGGUCCCGCCAGCACGAAUCCCAACGCCUCGCGCACCUUCGUGGAGGAGCAAGGCACGCCCACGGCGCCACUGCGCCACGUGUUUGUGUACGACAGCGAUGAAACCACAAACGGCCUACAGCUCAAUGUGACGCUCCUCAACCCAUUGGACGGACCAAGUGCCGAGUCCCUCACGUUUGACACAGACGCAGUCGCUGCGUUAGGCACGUCAUCGCGCAGCACGCAUGCGCUCACUGGCACGGGUUCCCUCUCGGCCGUCUUGGACGUUCUGGGAACACUGGGCUACAUCAACACUGCGGACGAGCCAACGUUUACGCAGCGCGUGAUUGAGGUUCGUAUCGCGGACAGCAAUGGCCUAGAGGCGCAGCCACCGGCGUACAUGCUCGUCACCCUGGAGAGCGUGAACGACAGACCAGUGCUCUCGGUCGUGCCCAACAGUGUCGGUGCGUACAACGAGGAUGCAGCUGCAUAUCACGUGCUCUCAGAUGCAGUUGUCACAGACUCGGAUUCGCGUCUGCUGCGCGAGGCACUCGUGGAGUUUGUGCAGCGCCCCAACGGCGAGCAGGAAAUCCUGUUUGUCAACAGCACCGUUGUGGAUCAGGUCGCCACACCUGCGGGCCUGUCCAUUGGCUUUGAUGAGCAGGUGGGCGUGUUGCUCAUCUCGGGCACCGCCCCUCUGUCCACGUACGCCACCCUCUUGGCCUCUGUCCUCUAUCGCCACCUGGACACGGAAAACCCCACCCUCGGCACAAGGCGACUACAGCUGACGGUGACAGACCCCACGGGCUUGCAAAGCGAUGAGCAGACGGUCGAGUUUUCGCUGCUGACCAACAGGGAUGCCCCAAUCUUCGACCUGUCGCAAGUGGACCUUGCACCCGCGUUUGUGGAGGGCGACGCUGCACUGCCGCUCCUGGCGUUGGCCGGCCUGCGCGAUGGCGACAGUGCAGAGCUUUCAACGCUUGAAGCAGAGGUGGUUGAUGUUGCUGACGCCAACAUGGAGGUGCUGAUGAUCGACCCCAGCAGCUUGCUGGACCCAGACAGCGUGACCAUCACAACGACAGGUGGUGGCGCUGUGGUCUCCGUGACAGGCCCAGCGCCCGUGAACGUGUUUGAGCAGCUCCUGCAGACGCUCACCUACACCAACCUUGCGGAUGAGCCCUCGCCCGGGGAGCGAACCGUGUGCGUGACUGCAACAGACACCAGCUUCGCCGCAACCCGCGUGUGUCUGGGCCCAACAGUGGUUCCGCUCAACGACAACGCGCCGCAGUUCUCGCAGUCCGUCUAUGUGCACAGCGUUGACGAGAACCAGCCCGCAUCCACACCAGUUGGUUCUGUGGCCGCCACGGACGGCGAUAUGUUUGACAGCACCCUCGUGUACGGCAUCACCUCCUCACAGCCCUCACCGGCACCGUUUGAGAUCGACCCAGCAACGGGUGCGAUCAGCACAACGGCCACGCUGGAUCGUGAGGCCAUUGCCCUGUACACGCUGCAGGUGUCCGUGAGCGACAGCAGCACGGAGCAGCCUGCCCGCACGGCAACAGCCAUCGUGCUCGUGGAUGUGACUGAUCUCAACGACAACACGCCUCGCUUCACAGUGUCACCGCCAAGCACGCUGCACGUUGCGGAGAACGCGGGGGGACGCGUUGUCCUGGCAACGCUGCAUGUAGCCGACGCGGACGAAGGGCUCAACGGCCCACCUGGACUCUCCGUCACCGUUGAACGAGGCAGCGACGCCGUUCGCAUCGCGGAUGAGGGCAACGGCAUGCCACAGGUUGUCACGGCACGGUCCUUUGACUUUGAAGUGGAGCAGACCAUCGCCGUUACGCUUCGCCUCGCUGACAGCGGCACGCCGUCGCGUAGUGUAACGGCAAACAUGACGCUGCUCAUCUCAGACACGAAUGACAACGCGCCCGUGUUUUCCAGUAGCACGCCCGCGCUCGUGCGUGUCCGUGAGGAGAUUCCCUUGGGCAGCCUGGUGACGCAGGUGGCGGCGACGGACGCGGACCGGGGCGCAAACGCAUCCGUCCACUACCAGUUCAACACAACUGCAAUGACAGCUGCCGCCCUGGCCACGUUUGAGAUUGGCGCUGGCAGCGGCGAAAUCCGCACGCAAGCGCGUCUGGACUUUGAGCAGCAGCGCGCAUUUGAGCUGGUUGUGCAGGCUGUUGAUGACGGCACGCCCACGCAGCAAGUGACGCAGCACACAAUCCGUGUUGAGAUUAUCGACGUGAACGACCACACCCCUCAGUUCUCGCAGGAUGUGUUCUUUGCCACGGUUGCAGAGCACGCUAGUGCUGGCACCUCCGUUGUUCUGAAGGGCGGCGGCAGUGGCGUGUCGCUCGUGGUCAUGGAUGCAGACACGCUGGCCGCAAACACGGACGUUGUGUACAGUCUGCUGUUUGAUGUGGGCUCCCCUGUUGCCGGUGCCGUGGCGAUUGACGCAAACACAGCGAACGUGACCGCGACACUCAUCGGUGGUGCUUUGCUGGACCGGGAAGAGGUGCCCUGGUUCACCGUGACUGUGCUUGCCAACUCCACCGUGGCGCCGUUCCUGUCCAACACGGCUGUCCUCAACAUCACGCUGCUGGACAUCAACGACAACGCGCCCGUGCUUGGCCCGCUUCCACACCAGGUUGACGUACCGGAGGACGCAGCGCUGGGCACGCUGCUGCUGUCGCUCACGGCAACAGAUGCAGAUGCUGCACUUGCGGGCACCGUCCGCUUCUCCAUGCGUGCAGGCAGCACCUCGCCCUCGCAGCAGCUGCCGUUUGACGUGGACGCUGUCACGGGCCGAGUCACGCUGGCAGCGCCCCUCGAUCGUGAGGCCGUGAGCACAUACACGCUCGUGUUCACAGCCACAGAUCUCGGCGAGCCACGCCUGCCGUCCAACGAAACCACCGUGCUGGUUGUGGUGACGGAUGUCAACGACAAUGCGCCCCACUUCACGUCCAUUAUGGUCGUGUCGCAGAUUGAGGAGCAGUCGCGUGCUUCCGUGGGAACAUUUGUGGCCGAAGACGACGACGAAGGUGUCAACGCGCAGCUGACAGCGUUCUUGCGCGUGCACACUGCCGAUGGCACAGACGUCACCGGCGCAGGUAUUUUCAACAUCUCGCAGCCCUCACCUCUGCAAGCCGCGGACAGCGUCGCUGUUGCGCGACCAGCGCUGCUGGACAGGGAGGUGCUAGGCGACGUGCUCAACGUGUCCGUGUGCUUGCGUGACGGUGGUUCACCGCCGCUGCAGACGUGCAUGGCGUUUGAGGUGCAGCUUCUGGACAUCAACGACCACGCGCCCGUGUUUGACGCCGCUGUUCCAAAUGCAGUGGACGUGAUUGAGACGACGGCUGUACCGUCGCGCAUCGUGCAGCUGCUUGCCUAUGACCUUGACACGGGCGCCAACGGAGACGUGGAGUUCUUCCUGAACAGCACGCGGCCGGCCAACGCCCCAUUUGCUGUUUCGCAGCAAGGGAUGGUGUUCUUGUCUGGUCCCUUGGACUUUGAAAUGACAAAGGAGUAUGUCGUGACUGUGGUUGCGCGUGAUGGUGGCAGUCCACCGAUGCAAGCCUUCCACACUAUCACCGUCAGUGUGCUGGAUGCAAACGAUAACACGCCUUCCUUUGUGGGUGCCCCGUACAGCGUGUCUGUUGCCGAGAACGCUGCUGUUGGCUCCUUCCUCUCGCUGCAACUCGCUGCCACAGAUCCAGACACGGUUGCCAGCAACCUCAUGUUCAGUUUGGAGAACGCAGCUCCCAGUGCCGACUUUCACGUCACAUCGGAUGGCCGGGUGCAACUGACGUCGCCGCUGGACCGCGAGACCUUUGCUUCAUACGCCCUUCUGGUGGCUGUGCGGGAUGGAGAUGGACACGCGGACACAGCGACCGUUGGCGUGACCGUCACAGACACAAACGACAACGCACCCGUGUUCGACAGGGGAGGGUAUGAGUUUGUUGUUGAUGAGAACGCUGCUGUGGGCACACCGCUCACACCAGAGACGGCCACGAUCGCAGCAACAGAUGCUGAUGCUGGCGCAAACGCGCAGAUUCGCUUUUCCAUCACCACCACCACGGCUACUGUUCCGUUUGGCAUCAACACGACCACUGGCAUGCUGUACACGGCAGCGCCACUGGACUUUGAAGCAGAAAGCGUGCACGUCUUUCGUGUUGAAGCAACAGAUCUGGGCACACCGGCACUGAGCACAAGUGCCCCUGUCGUUGUUCGCGUGCAGGACACGAACGACCACGCACCCUCCGUGACGUUCAGUGAAACGGCUGCGAGCGCCGUUGUGUUUGAGGAGGAUGGCGGCGCCGUGUUCUUGUUUGACGACCGCCUGCAGUUGACGGACGCAGACGUGGACUUUCAGCGCCUUGAAAGCGCGACGCUCGUGCUGACAAACGCACGGGACAGUUUGGCCGAAGAGCAGCUGCUGCCACAGCUCCUGUUUCCUGGCAUUACCACCAGCGAGGGUGUGAACGCAAGCACGUCCACGCGCACGCUGGCGAUUCGAGGGGAGGCGACCAUCCCCGCGUACCUGCGCAUGCUGCGCUCUGUGCAGUACACCAACACCGCACAGGAGCCGCUGCCGGGCCGCCGCACCCUCACUCUCACCGUGAACGACGGCGUGCAUGUCUCGCAGCCCUUGCAGGUGACGCUCUCUGUGCGCCAGCUGAACGACCGCCCCACCAGCAGCGUGUCCGCCUUCAACGCCCUGACCAUAGAGGAAGACAGCACAAAUCCGCCCGCCUUUGACGUUUGCGCUCUCGUUGACCAGCUUGGCUCCGAUGUGGACCCGCAGCCGAGGCGUGGCCUCGGUAUUGUCGUCGUCGGCGUGCAGGCGUCCGCUGGCACGUGGCAGUACGCCCUGCGGUCUGGCGGCCAGUCCGGGCCCUUCACGGACAUGACCGAUAUUUCCCUCACGACGGCGCUGCCGCUGGCGUGUGAGCAGGUGCGCCUCGUGCCUGCCGCCGAUUUCUUUGGCGCUGCGCGGCUCAUCGUGCUGGUGUGGGACCAGACGCAGGGCCGCACCGGCCUUGGCCCACUCGACGCCUCUUUGCUGCUGCAGGAUCCGCGCAGCAGCGUCUCGCAGCAGGCGAUUGCGCUCACCAUCAACGUGACUCCCGUGCCGGAUGCGCCCAUCAUUGCUCAGGAGGAUGCGGGCACAGCGUGGCCGUCGCCCACGGUGACGUUUGCAGAGGCACGAUCGCCUGUGCACGUGUUCCCGAACGUGUCUAUUGUGGACGUGGACAGCACCUCUGUGUCCCAUGCCACGGUCACGCUGGUCAACGCCUCUGCAGGCAGCGACGUGCUUGUGAUUGCGUUUGGCGCGGACGAGCAGCAAGUGGCGCCAGCGGUGGCUGACGACGAAGGCAGCCUGUGGCUCAACAACACGGCUGCUCGCACGGCGUGUGCUGGCAUUGCCCUGUCGUACGCCGAACACAACGCACAGAACCAAACGCAGAUGGUGGUGGACCGCACAGUGCUGACGCUGCGUGCAAACACGAGCUCGCAGGCGAGCGUUCCACUGAGUGUGAUGGUGUACUGCUUGCGACAUGUGGCCUUCGCCUCCACGGCCUUUGAAGCGAGCCUGCAGGCACGCUCGGCCGUGCUCACCGUGUAUGACUUUGACGAGAGCCGCUUCAGACCCAGCAACCUGUCUGCAAAAGCCGCGACGACGGUGCUGAUUGAGUUGACAAACGACGAGGCGCCCGUGCUGUCCUUUGCAUCGGAACUCGACGCCAACCGCACGUACACGGAGCCAUCGCAGGCGCUGGGCGAACCAACACCGCAGCUGGCCGUGCUGCCUUCCAUCGUGGUCAGCGACGCGGACGCAGGCUUCCCGCUGGCAGCCGCAACCGUUGAGCUCGUGGCUGGCACUGUGCAGGACAGUGGCGAUGAGGAACUGCGUGUUGACGGCGCUGCGAGCGGCCGAUCGCUCGUGCUGCCGUCCGGGUCUGUAGCAGAUGUGCAAGCGCGCCUGCGCCGGGUGGUUUACGUGAACACGCGCGCAGAGCCAACCCCUGGUGUGCGCGUGGUUCGCGUGCGUGUGCACGAUGGAACCUUCCAAAGCAACGUGCUUGAGGUGCGCGUGCGUGUGGUGACCAUCAACGACCGCGCAGCCACGCUGUUUGUUGGGGAUGGCAGCCCGUUUUACCAGACCUCGUUUACAGAGGACAGCGCUGGUGUGGCCAUUGUCUCCCCGAACCUGCAGUUCUUCGACUUUGACAACGCCGUGUACCCGCUGCUGGGCGUGACGGCCUGUAUUAACGAGCACACCACGGGCUCCGCGGGCGCGCAGCAGGCAAUUGUUGCUGCGCCAACGUGGGACAACACGUCCACCACCACCAUUUCGCCAGGCAACAACAACGCAUGCGUGCGUGUGCACAGCACGAGCGGGGCUGUGGCCGAUUACCGCCAAGCGCUGCUGGCGCUGCGGUAUGUGAACACGGAGGAGGAGUUUACGGGCGCCUCACGCACCAUCUCCUUCACGGUGGAGGAUGUGCCUGGGGUAACCACGAUGACGGUUACGGUGAUUACGCUCGUGCGCGUGAAUGACGCGCCCAUCAUCGCAUUCUCUGGCUUCACCAACGGCAGUUCAAUGCUGCAGAGCGUGCGCUUCCGCGAGGGUAGCUCGCCGACGCCUGCGCUUCCGGGCGUGGUUGCCAGCGACACGGACUCCACGUUCCUGACGGGCGCCUUUGUGACGCUCGUGUCUGCGCCGGAUGGCGACAGCGACGUGCUGACGGUGCUUGACCUACCAACAAGUGCCGGCCUCAGCGCUGUGUUCUGCUCUGCCAGUGGGGUUGCUCUUCCCGUGAACGGCACCGUUCCCGCUGGUGUGUGGGACGGCAACGGCAUGGUGCUUGAGUCGUGCACUUCUCGACGCACGCUGGGCAUCAGGGGUCUGGCCCGCGUGCACGUGUACGAGCAGGUGCUACGCUCGGUCGCGUACGUGAAUCUGCUUGGACUGGAUGAGCGCGCCGGAAACCCAACGCGGGACACGCGCGUGGUCAGCUCGCAAGUUGUGGAUGAGCAAGGGGCAGCAAGCGCCGCCAUCAGGACCCUGGUGCUGCUUGAGCCUGUGAACAACGCACCCAUUGUCUCGCUGACGGGGGAUGACACGUUGCUGAGCGGCCGCGACGCCACCACCGCCUAUGUCAACUACACGGAGGAAAGCGGUGUGCGCACGCUCUUCCCCGCCGCAUCAGUUGUUGACGUGGACUCAGCGAACCUCACAUGGCUCUCUGUGACGCUUGUGGACCGUCCAGACGGCAGUGCGGAAGAGCUGGCCUUCUCAUCAGCUGCGCUGGCAAAUGCGGCGUUUACGUCCGCGGCUCAGCGCGGGCACGUGGUCUCUGUGCAAGGCACUGCACCGGUGAGCGCUUUCGAGGACGUGCUUCAAUCGCUGACAUAUGAAAACAGCGUGGACAACCCGGACAUGCGUGACCGCCGCGUUGAUGUUGUUGCCUCGGAUGGCAUCAACACAACGCUCGUGCACGCCAUCCUCCAGUUUCAGGCCGUGAACGACCCACCUGUUGUUCACCUGCGUGGAGCUGUGAACGGCAGCAGCGCUGUGCAGCUGUCGUUCGUGGAGGACGCUGGCCUGCCUGUGAGCCUGACUGGCACACGGUCGCCUGCGUGGGAAGGCGAGUAUCCCUUGACGAACAGCACCUGUCCGCUGUCGUGCGACUGCUGCUUGUCGGGCUCGCUUGUGGUUGACCCCGCCACAAGUGCCGCAACGUCAUCGCUGCACAACAUCACCAUCAGCAUCGACAGCGUCGCUGAGCUUCAGACCAUCUGCACCGGGUACUUUGGCGGCUAUCCCACGGCGUCGCUGGUGGGGACUGUUCACAAUGCAACACACAUCACAGCCCCUCUGCCUGGCCUGCAAGGUGGCAAUGUCGUGUGCGAGCGAUCGUUCCCAGAAGAUGCCGUGGAUGGCACCCGUCCGAGCAUCAAGUGCUCCGUGUCAGCGACGUGUCCAACCACAUCCUUCAACGGCCAAUGCAACUCAACCUCUUGCGGAGUCCGCUCUGUGGUUGACAUCACGGAUGAGGACAACACUGAGCUGAGCGGCAUGUGGAUGAGCAUUCGUGCGCGCGUGUCACUGGAGGGCGAUGCAAUUGAAUGCGGUGCAGCCGCGACGUCAUUCAACCUGGCGCUUGUUGCCAUCAACGACACCGUUGAUGUUGACGACGCGACCAUUCGCGUGCGCACGUACUGGGUUGCGCCUGCGACAGCACAAUCAGCGCCGCUGGCAAGCUUCCAGGCAUACCUCGCAUCAUGUGGAUACGUCAAUGUGGCGGCUGAGCCGUUUGCGGGCACGCGCAACAUCAGCGUCGUCGUAUGUGAUGGCACGGACAACAGCGUGCCUGCCCCGGUUACCGUGGAGGUGGUGACCAUCAACGACAACACCCCCGUCUUUGAUGUGCCAGUGUACUUGGCCAACAUCUCCGAGGCAGCCAGCGUGGGCUCGCACCUGCUCACCGUGCGCGCGACAGACGCCGACAGGCAGACCGUGACAUACAGCCUCAACCAUACGCGCUUUGGCGUGGACAGCGCCACGGGCGAGAUCCGCACCACCUCGCGCUUAGACCGCGAAACAAGCGCUGCCACGGUGCUUCGGGUCACAGCAAGCGACGGCGAACGCUCAGCGGUUGUCCUUGUGCACGUGACCGUGCUGGAUGUCAACGACAACAAGCCCGUGUUCUCAGAGACGCGCUUUGUUGGCAUCAUUGCAGAGGACGCAGCUGGCGGCGACACCGUGCUCGAGUUCAACACGUUUGGCAACCUGCCCCUCUUUCUCACGGCCACGGACGCAGAUGCAGCGGCGAACGCCCGCAUCUCGUACUCGCUCGCCGGCCCCGCCAGCGCACUAUUUGAGGUGGACUCAGCGUCCGCUCAACUGCGCCUGAAGGCAGGCGCUGCGAGCCCGCUGGACUACGAAACGCGCCGAUCCUAUGUCUUUGUUGUCCUUGCGCAAGAUGCUGGAACGCCGACCCGCUUUGCCGAUCCCGCUGUGGUUGAGGUCCUCAUUCGCGACGUGAACGACAACGCGCCCGUCUUUGACGGCGCGUCUCUCAAUGACGUUGUCACGAGCGAAGCAUCGCCUGUUGGCACUGUGCUGCGGCAAGUGGUUGCACAUGAUGCAGACGACAACGCCAACGGCCAGGUCCGCUUUGGCCUGCACGACACCACCACCGCAAGUGGCGGCGGCAGUACCGUUGCCACUGUUGGGCCCUUCACCAUGUACGGCAACGGCUCGCUCGUGCUGACGCAGCCGCUUGACUACGAGGUGCAGCAGACGUACACGCUGACGGUGGUGGCAACAGAUGGGAGCACGACGCAGGCCCAGCACACACUGGCCAACCUCACUGUGCAGGUGUUGGACGCAAACGACAACUGCCCCACGUUCACUGUGACGCCAGAGCAGGCGUCGUUCGCUGAGGACGCUGGACCAGAGCGCCUGCUGGCCACUGUCUCCAUCGCAGACGCAGAUGCUGCAGCCACAAACAACAUCACCUUGACGGCGUGGCGUGCCGGCAACAACGGCCAAGCAAGUGCCAGCGAUCGCCCAGCAGUAGUGCAGACGGGGGAAUCAGUGUACCAGGUGCUGUUGGGUGGCCUUGUUCUGGACAGGGAGCAAGCGGCAAGCGUGGAUGUGGUGCUGCUUGUGAGCGAUGGCGUAUGCAAGGUCAACCGCACGUUUGCGCUGACGGUGACAGAUGUGAACGACAACGCCCCGGUGCCCGACAGCACGUUCGUUCGCGCGUCUGUGCUUGAGAACCUGCCUGCAGGCACGCUGGUGACGGUGCUCAACGCGAGCGACGCGGAUGCUGGUGUCAACGGGCGCGUGGUGUUCUUCCUUGCUGGCGCGAGCAACAGCUCCAACCCUUAUGUGGAGGUGACUGGCACGGGCGAGGUGCGCACGCUCAGGCAGCUGAACCGGGAGGCCUUGCAGCAAAUCACGCUCGUUGUGGGCAUGACGGAUACGGGGGUGCCACAGCGCCGCCUCAGCGCCACACCCAUCACGCUCGUGAUCACGAUCCUGGACGAGAACGACAACAGCCCGCAGGUGAUUUCGCCAGGCAGCAGCGUGGUGUUCCCGGAGAACAACGCCGUUGGUGCGCUCAUCACCACCGUGGUUGCACGCGACGCAGACGCGGGCGCAAACGGGGAGCUGACGUUCUCGCUUAUUGGCGGCAACGACGGCGGUGAGUUUGAGCUGGACGCCAACACGGGCGAGCUGUUUGCGGCGGUGAAGUUCGACAGGGAGACGCAGCACCUGUACGCAGUGCUGGUGCGCGUGUCGGACAAGGGCACGCCGUCCCGCAGCACGCCCAUGCCGAUUGCCAUCAUCAUUGGCGACGUGAACGAGCCACCAGUGAUCACGGCACCCGCACCGCUGUCCACCGUGAACGUGAAAGAAGGCCUCCCCGUCGGCAUGCUUGUGUUUUCGGUGCAGUCGACAGACCCAGACACCUCCGGCAGCAACACGAACGUGUAUGAGCUGGAGACGACCCCCAGUGGGUACCUGGCCAUUGACGAGGUGACUGGCGACGUGACCAUGGCCACCGUGGUUGACGUGGACGUGCUUGGUGCCCCGCUGGUGCUGACGGCGACGGCGAUUGCCCACGACCGCAGCAACGCCUCCCUGUUUGCUGCUGUGCGCUUCACCGUCCGCUUCGUGGAUGCGAAUGACCACCAGCCCGUGUUCUCGCUGCAGCCGGUGCAGGUGUCGGAAGCCGUCGCGCCAGGCACACCCGUGCUUGAGGUGCAGGCCACAGAUGCGGACAUCACGUCCGCCAACACGGGCCUGCGAUAUGCGGUUGUCUCGACAACGGCACCGGGCACGGCGCCCGUGGCCUUCCUCGCCGCAGACUCGCCCGUGCUGGUCACCACAUCAAGUCUGGACUAUGAGACGGCUGCAAACUUCUCGGCCGUGAUUCGCGUGUCUGAUACGGGCUCACCGUCCCUCUCCACCACGCACGUGCUGCAGGUGACAGUGCUUGAUGUGAACGACGAGGCGCCCGUGUUCACGCCCGCAAACGUCGCCGUGUCCGUGCCAGAGAACGUGCCUGGUGUUGAGCUGGUGCGCCUGCACGCGUGGGAUCGCGAUACGGGUGCUGGCGGUGCUGUGUUCUUCUCGCUGGUCAACGGCAGCUCGUUUGCGAGCGUGAACGCCACCUCUGGCGUGCUCACACUGGAGAGUGCGCUGGAUGCGGAGGCAGCGCAGACUGUCCGCGUCCUCGUUCGGGCGACCGAUGGCGCAGUGCCUUUCAACACACGGGACAGCGUGAUUACGAUCCACGUUGAGGACGUCAACGACAACGCUCCUGUUGUCACGGCGGACAGAAACCCCGUGGAGAUUGCAGAAGGCCGCUACACUGCCCAUGUGCUCUUCAAUCUGAGCGCGUCAGACGCGGACGUUGGCAGUGCGGCGUCGCAGGUGCGCUUCUCCCUCGUGUCGAGCGACGGGUUCCCUGGCGGCGUGUACGUGGACGCGGUGACCGGCGCUGUUCGCACGGCCACUGCCAGUGCUGGUGGGUCCGUGCUGGAUUACGAGCAGCGUACCUCAUACGUGCUGACAUUCCUGGCAAGCGAUCAGGGCAGCCCUGCCCUCUCGUCAACCAUCAGCGUCACUGUCAAUGUCACGGAUGUCAAUGACAACGCGCCCGUGAUCACGUCCUCGCCGCCCGCGACGCUGGGCGUCCUGGAAAGCACCGCUAUUGGCCAUGUUCUCUUCAGCAUCACGGCCACGGACGCAGACAGUGGUGAGAACGGCCGCGUGAUGUUCACGAGCGCCACGCCGGCCGUCGUUUCUGUGACCAGUGGUGGGCAGGUUCGCCUGGCGCAGAAGCUGGACCGGGAAACGCGUGAUGAAUGGGACGUGGCCAUCCUUGUGGCCGACAGCGGCGCGCCGCCGCGUCGCGUGUGGGUGAACGUGACGCUGCGGGUGCUUGAUGUCAACGACAACGCGCCCGUGUUCUGCUCGCUGGAUUCCCUGACCACAUGCACACCCAUCACGGUGCUGAACGUGACGGUGCGCGAGCUUGCGGUUGGAAACUUCACCAUCCGCACGACAGAUGCCGAUGCACCCGGCGUGAACAGCGCCGCGCGCUACUCUGGCUUUGGCGACCCACGUGUGUCCAUCAACCAGCUCUCUGGCUUGGUGUCGUACAAUGCGCUCACGUACGAGUCAAACAGUCCCGUUGUCACUUACACAGUCUACGCGAGUGACCUUGGCUCUCCGCGCUUCAUCUCCCAGCUGACCAUUCGCUUCUCCAUCACCGACAUCAACAACAACCCGCCCACGGCGUCGCUUGGUGACUUCCGCUACCUGGUGGGGCGACAAGACAUGGUCGUGCUCACGUCGCUACAGGUGCAGGACGCGGACACGCAAUCUCCUCUGGAGCGGGCACAGGUGAACAUGACGCGAACGCGCACGUGCAGCGAAUGCGCAGGCGCGUUCUUUGUUGAACUGACGCCGCAAAUGAUCCCUGCAAACGGCGCCACGCGCAACGCCGACUACGACAGCGUUGAAUUCGCUGGAUCCGGGCAGUACGCGUCACUGGACGAGACCUUCUCCUAUCCAACGUUCCCACAGAACGAACUGGGCGACAUUGCGGCCAUUUCCUUCUCGCUCGUGUUCCGGCUGGAGGAUGGCGCAUCUGGCUUUCUCAUCAGCCGCUCCAUCCUCAACCAGCACGCGCCCGCGUACUCGCUCUGGGCAACGUCGCAGCAGCUGGCCUUUGUCUACAACGCUGAGGGCGACACUGCGCUUGUGCAGGCCGGGGAUGUUCAGCUCUACCGCAUCGAGUUUGAUCUAGCAGAGCCCAUUGACGACAACGAGUGGCACCAUGUGUCUGUCCGCCUCAUCUUCCCAACAACGCUUGAUGUUGAGGUUGACGGCGCUGUCGUUGCUGCUGCUCGCGUCAUUCGCCCGGACGGCAGUACAUCAACUUCCCCGCUGCCGCUGACGCAGACGCCAAUCGACAACACCAACGCAGUCACAUACCUCGGUGCACGAUUUGACCCCAGCGCGGGUGCGACUGAGUCCAUCACUGGUGCUGUGCGCAGCGUGUUUCUUGGCAACGAGACGUGGCCGACUGCACUUGCGCGCUGUCUUGGUGCUUGUCACCAAGGCAUCCGCGUGGAUGUCGAUUCCAACUCUGGCAUCACCGCAACACGAGCCAGCAUUGAUGCAACCACAACCCAGAUUACGCUUUCUGGCUCUGCCUCCAUUGCCACCUACACGCAAGCACUCCUGGGCAUUCGGUACUGGAGCGAUUUCCAGCCACCAACGGCAACGCCUGUCGCAACCCUCUCCGUUGACGUGUUCGAUGGCUUGUUCACAAGCAACACCGCCACGGCUGGCGUGUACGUUGUGGACAACACGGCGCCGACGCUUGAUCUGAACGGUGCUGGUGCAUCUGGCGUGGACAACAACCUGAUUGUCACGUUUACGGAGGGGGCUGCAGCACCUGUUUUCGUUACGCCCGCUGCCACGUACACGGACGAUGAGACGGCUGGCUCCACUGCGUCCAUCAUACAGGUGGUCAUCACGAACGCACUGGACGGAGCGCUGGAUGAGUUGUCGGUCGAGUCAUCAUUGGUGACCGUGCAACCCAGCGUGAGUGUCAACGGCAGCACGGCCACGUGGACGUGGGAUGUGUCCACAGCGCCGCUGUCCGCUGCAGAGAUGACUUCCGCCCUGCAGACCAUGGCCUACAAGAACUCUGCCGAUGAACCAGCAGCGAGCGCAACGCGUGCGCUGUCCGUUCGCGUGUACGAUGGCGCCGAGUGGAGCAACGACGCCCUGGCGCGCGUGCAAGUGACCCUGGUCAACGACAACGCACCCGUGAUUGCCGUACCACAGAGCGGCCAAGUGCAAGAAGGGUCUGCAGUGGGCACGGUGCUCGUGUCGUUCGGCGUGAGCGACGCGGACGCGUGCGUGUCACCGCUGGCCACCAGCUGCAGCGACAACCAGGUCGCUGUGACGCUUCAAGCCGACUCGGAAUCGCAGCAGUACGUCUCCAUCAACUCGGCCAUGACAGCGGUCGUGUUGUCUGCGAGCGUGGACCGGGAGACGGUUGCCUCCCUAUCAUUCAACCUGACUGCACAGGACGGUGGGUCACCCGCGCUCUCCACCACCGUUGGUCCCAUUGCCAUCAGCGUGCUGGAUGUCAACGACAACUUCCCCAGCGUGUUCACGGAUUUCCUGAGCAUCACGGUGGACGAGGAUGCCGCUGUGGGCUCCGUGGUGGGCAAAGUGGAGGCGUUUGAUGGUGAUGCGACGGCCGCGUUCUCCACGCUGCAGUUCUCGCUCAGCCCGUCCACGCCGCUCUCCAUUGAUGCAGACGGUGUGCUGACCCUCAACAGCGCACUCGAUUUUGAAACUGCCUCGUUUGUCAGCAUCAGCGCGACUGUGUCGGACGGCCAGUUCCAAGACGCGACGUUCAUCGACCUGCAGGUGCAGAACGUGAACGACAACGCACCCGAGGUGGUGCUGACCCCUGCACUCGUCUCCGAGUAUGUGGAGGGUAGCGGGCCCGUGCUUGUGGACAGCGGCCUGAGCGUGGAGGAUGCUGACGGCGACUUGCCCUUGGAGAGUGCGGUUGUGCGCGUGACCACGCCUGUGUCUGGUCGCCAAUGCUUGGUGGAUGUUGCUGCCAACGACGCAUUGCUAGCCCCGCACGCCCGCCUCCUUCGCUGCCACGACGGCCUGUCCACGCCGCUGAUUGGCCAGGUGCAGGAUCCCAACGCGUUCCCCGUGACCGUGCCCGCGUACAGGGUGCUGCCACUGCCGCGCUCGCUGCGCUUCACGCUAACGGCGUGGCUCUGGCUCUCAGAUAGCAACAGCACGCAAUGUGUGCUGAAUGCGCUCGACGAAACAGCGCCAUCACCUUCGGACGCGCUGCUGCUGUCAUUCCGCCUGUCGGUGACUGAGGCGGUGCUGCAGUUCGUUGACGCACGUGCCAGGGAGGUGCAGGUGGUGUUCCCGACCACCGUGCCGACGCGGGAAUGGGUGCACGUUGCGCUUGUGCUUCGGGGCAGCACGGCCCAGCUGCGCGUGGGCUCAAGCGUGUUCGAUGCCGCGUACGUGCGGGAGGACGGCGUUGUUCGCCCGCCAACCAUUCGCCAGCCGCUGACAGCCACCGCUGCGAGUGCGUUUGACGUUGGCGGUGCAUCGACGCAGGCCGCGUGCGCGCGCUUCCAAGGCCUCAUGGUCGGGCUCACCGUGCACGACGCCAGCCUGACAACUGCGCAGCUCUCGUGCUUGAUGUCGUGCGGCGAAAGCGUCAGCGUGCCCACCAGUGCCUCUGCCAGCGCAGGCCUGGCGGUGACGACGGCUGUGUCUUCAACAGGGUUUGAGGUGAACAUCUCCGGGCCCGGCUCACUGUCCGCGUUCAGCGCCGUGCUUAGCGCGCUCACGUACGAGCACAAGCAACACGCCCACCAGGGCACGUCUGUGGGCUUCACGGCACGCGUGUAUGACGGCGUUUGGAACGGCACGGCGGCGUGGACGGUGGCGCUGACACCGCAGCAGUCACCGCCAGUUAUCGCCAGCCGCAGCCCGGAUGGCCUGGUGUUUACAGAGGGCGACAAUGCAGCGGGCGCACCCGUGCCCCUGAGCGACGCCAUGCUGUCUGUGGUCGAUGUGGACAGCACCGAGUUUACGUCGCUGUCCUUUGAGCUGCAGCAGACACCUGAUGGCGUUGAUGAGGGCUUGGUCGUGACACGAGGACCUCCGACAGCGCUGACGAUCAUGGGUGAUCGUGUGGUGAUGACCAUCAUGGGACCCGCUCCGCUCAGCACUUUCAUGGCCUUCCUCCCGUCCCUCGUCUACGUCAACACAGCGAGCGAGCCAACACCUGGACCGCGAGGUCUGCUCGUCAAUGUGACUGACAGCAGCGGCCAAACUGCAGCGCCGCUUGCACUCAACAUCACCGUUGUGAACGUGAACGACAACGCGCCAGCUCUUGCGCAGGUGUUAAACAGCGUGGAUGUGCCAGAGAACAGUGCACCCCCAUUGGUGCUGUCGGGAUUGUUCACGGCCACGGACGCAGACGGCGAUGCGCUCGCCUUCAGCGUUGCACCGCCACUCGACACCGUGUUCAGCGCAUCCGCGACUGGGCUUGUGCUGCAGCAGCGCCUUGAUUUUGAGACGGGCGCAGCCGAGCUCAACGUGACGGUGGUCGUGUCUGACGGCGCGUUCACUACGACGGCGGUGGUUGCAGUUGCUGUUCUUGACCAGGUUGAGCCACCCACGCUGGCGCUGACCAGUGGACGCACGUUCUCGCAAUCGUUCUCGCUGGACGCACUUGUGCAGACGACAGCCGGCGAGGGCAUCGAUGCCCUGCAGCAAGUGCGGGUGGUGUUGCCCGUGGACGCGGCAAAUGCAGUACCAAGCACAGCGGUGCUCACGACGCUGCCGUGCGUCGACGAACCGCGGCUGAGCGUAAAGCUGACGCGCGCGUGUGCUGCGGGGCUGUGCGACUUUGACACGGCGUCCCUGCUCACGGACGCGGUGUACCGAGGCGGGGCGACACUGGACACGGCGGUGGAGCGCGUGUCUUUCCGCGGAUCCGGGCGCUAUGCCAUGCUUUCGUCUUCGUUUGCAGACGCGCUGGUCGCUACCUCGUCCACGUUGGACGUGGGCGGCGUGGUGACAUGGGUGCAGCAGGACGCGGGCACGGCGGGGAUGCUGGUGGCCAAGAGCGUGAGCGACUUCACGCACGUCUUUGCGCUGUACUCCGAUGGCCCGGACAGCUCGGUGACCCUGUACUACAGCAAGGCCGGGGAGAGCGACACAACCGUGGCGCGCGUCACGGCCGUGUUUGAGCUUCCUGCGGGCGUUGUGAUUGCGGAUGGCCAAUGGCAUCUCAUGCAGCUGCUGGUGGCCUUCCCGGACGUGCACCUGUUUGUCGAUGGCACGCGCGUGCCGCUGUCGUACGCCCUGCACAGGCCGACCACCCAGAGCGCACUGCAGCGCGUGGAAGGCCCGCAGCUGCCGUUCCGCCUCGCGGACACACAGGGGCGCGCGUGGUACAUUGGCGCCCGCGAAGACAGCCUGGCUGGCGCCGCGGAGCGACUGUCCGGCGAACUGAGUGGCACGACCUUCCUGUCUGCAACUGCGCCCGACAGCCUCAACGGCACCGCAACGCAUGACCUGGUGACCUCGUGUCCGGAACGCAUGCAAUCCAGUGAGGUCUCAGUCGCCGGUGUGACGGUCACACGCACGGGUCCACUGGAUGUGAGCGCGGCCUUUGUUGACCGCACGGCGCGGACAACCGCAAACGUCAACACAGUGUUGCAACAGCUUGUGUACUCGAGCUACGUUCCGCUCGCCGAUCGCAACGUGACCGUGGACAUUACAUAUGGACAGACAUACAACGCGCACCUGCGGCAGUCCACGACAUUCACCCUGAUGACAUAG